AUGUUAAAAGAGGGUAUCAACAGCUGUAGCAGGGCCCAGUUUGGCGGCGCUCUAACGGAAACUGUGGUGUUUACUCUUCCUCCUCCUCCUCUGCAGGUGGAAAUCACGCUGCAGGACGUCAACGACAACCCGCCCAUCUUCCCCAACGACAUUCUCGACGUGACCAUCGAGGAGAACGUCGGCGACGGCUUCAAGAUAAUGCAGCUAACAGCCACGGAUGCAGAUGAGGGUCCCAACGCUCUUGUGACGUACACCAUCAUCAGCGGGGCGGACGACAGCUUCCGCAUCGACCCGGAGUCCGGCGAUCUCAUCGCCACCAAGAAGCUGGAUCGGGAGCGGCGCUCGAAAUACUCCCUCCUGGUGCGCGCCGACGACGGGAAGCAGUCGUCCGACAUGAGGCUGAACAUCACCGUGAAGGACAUCAACGACCACACGCCCAAGUUCUCCCGCCCUACGUACUCAUUUGAUAUUCCCGAAGACAUGGCAUCAGGCUCCAUCGUGGCGGCGAUCCUGGCCAGUGACUCUGACUCAGGGGUAAACGGUGAGGUCACGUACUCGCUGGAGGAGGACGACGAGGACGAGACGUUCCUCUUGAACCCGGUGACGGGCGUCUUCAACGUGACGCGCCCGCUGGACUACGAGACGCAGCAGUACUACAUUCUCACAGCGAGGGCUCAGGACGGCGGAGGGCAGACCAGCACGGUCAGGGUGUACUUCAACGUGCUGGACGUCAACGACAACGUGCCCGUCUUCAACACCAGCGUGUACAGCACGUCCGUCUCUGAGAGUCUGCCGCCCGGGUCCAGUAUCCUCACUGUCGGGGCCAGUGACGCCGAUGAUGGCCCUAAUGCCCAGCUCCUCUACAAAAUUGCCUCGGGUGAUUCCCAGAGUCACUUUGUCAUCACCAAAGAGGGAGUCCUCCAAACCAAGAAGGCCUUGGACAGAGAAACACAAUCCUUCUACAACCUGGUGAUCACAGUCAACGACCUGGCCCCGCCUCCCAUGACCCGCUUCACCAGCACCGCCCAGGUGUCGGUCAUUCUCCUGGACGUCAACGACUGCCCGCCGACCUUCACCUCGCAGAGGAUGACCUACAUCCAGGAGAACACGCCUGUGGACACGGUGGUGUUCACCGCCCAGGCGGUGGACGCCGACAGUGGACCCAACAGUUACGUCGAGUAUUCGCUGCGAGGACCCUAUGGUAACAAGUUCAGCAUUGGCACAGUUGAUGGAGACGUCCGGUUGGUUGGGGAGCUGGACCGGGAGGAGUUUUCCAACUACACCCUCACGGUUGUGGCCACAGAUAAAGGAGAACCCCCUCUGUCUUCAACCAUGGAAGUGACCAUGAUGGUUCUGGACGUCAAUGACAACACGCCGAGCUUCUCGCAAAACAUCUACGACAUUGAGAUUGAGGAGAACACCUUGACGGGCACAGAUGUCAUCCAGGUGUUCGCUACAGAUGCGGACGAGGGCACCAACGGCCAGAUCCGGUUUUCAAUCUCGGGAGGCAACGGCAACUCUGAUUUCAGAAUUGAUUCGGUCACAGGUGUGAUUUCUGUGGCCAAGCAGCUGGACCGCGAGGCGCGGUCAUCCUAUUCCCUCGUGGUCCAAGCGGCCGAUCGCGGCAGCAGCCCCAGGGUGGACCGUGCUACCGUCAACAUAGUUCUGCUAGACGUCAACGACUGUUCGCCUGUGUUUGAGCUCUCUCCUUACACCGUCAACAUGCAGGAGAACCUGGAGAGCCUGCCAAAAAAUAUCCUGCAGGUCGUUGCCAGAGACGAUGACCAAGGUGCCAACAGCCAGCUGAGCUACAUGCUGAGCGUUGGGAAUGACGAGGGCGCGUUCAGCCUGUCGUCCAGCGGUCAGCUGAGCCUGACCCAGACGCUGGACCGUGAAGUUCAGGGGAAAUACGUGCUGCUGAUCACAGCCACCGACUCAGGUUCUCCGCCUCUGAGCGGCACGGGGACCGUGACGGUUCUGGUGGACGACGUCAACGACAACGUGCCCGUCUUCACCUCCUCGUCCUUCCACACCACCAUCACGGAGGACGCCCCCACGGGCUCGGACGUGCUGCUGGUCAACAGCUCGGACGCGGACGUCGGCGUCAACGGUGUCAUAAGCUACAGUCUGACCGGAGGACACGGCCAGUUCUCCAUCAACCCCGCCACAGGACAGAUCAUCACCAGCUCCCUGCUGGACCGGGAAGACCGCGCUAAUUACCAGCUGCUGGUCGUGGCCACCGACGGCGGGCAGCCCGAGGGCUUAUCCAGCUCCGCCACGGUGUCCGUGACUGUGGCGGACAUCAACGACAACCCACCGCGCUUCCACCACCACCCUUAUGUCACUCACAUCCCUGCCUCUACCACAGCAGGGUCGUUGGUCUUCGCCGUCACCGUCACCGAUGAGGACGCGGGGUCCAACGCUCAGCUCCACUACUCCCUCAUGGGACGCAACUCUGAGAAGUUUAAGAUUGACCCGGUCAGAGGAGCCAUCACGGCCAACGAGAAGCUGACGGGAACCUCAGAGGUUACACUCACGGUCCGAGUGAAAGACGGCGGAGCCAAUCCCAAAACGGAUAUGACCACUGUCACAGUUCGCUUCGUUACUGGAGGAAACUUCCCCGUCAUCAAAGUGAGGGAGCGCGCGUUCACGUUCCCCGAGAGCCAGCCGGCAAACCACGUCGUGACAACAGUGACUGGAUCCUCAAUGAGGGGCGGGCUGCUGUCGUACUACAUCGCCAGUGGCAACCUGGAUAACGCUUUUCACAUUGACCAGCUCUCGGGCGAACUGUCAAUCAGACACUCACUGGAUUAUGAGCACAUUCAGAAGUAUGUUCUCUGGGUGGAGGCCAGAGAUCAGGGCUUUCCACCAUAUUCCUCUUAUGAGAAGAUGGAAAUAAAUGUGCUGGACGUGAAUGACAAUCACCCGGUGUUUGAUAAGGAUCCUUUCCACGCGGAAAUACUGGAGAACCUGUCACCUCAGCGGGUGCUGAUGGUCUCUGCCGUAGAUCUGGACAGCGGGCCGAACGGACAGCUGGAAUAUGCCAUCAUGGACGGCAACAAGGAGAACAGCUUCAGCAUUAAUCGGGCGACUGGCGAAAUACGUACCACCAGGCCUCUGGACCGGGAGAAGGUGGCUCAGUACUCUUUGAAGGUUAAAGCCACAGACAGAGGGCUGCCGCCCAAAAACACAGCAGUCAAAGUGUUAAUCAGCGUGCUGGACGUGAACGACAACGCCCCCAGGUUUUCCAAAAUCUUCAGCGCGUCGGUGGCGGAAAACGCCCCGGUGGGUUACACCGUCACCAGGGUCACCACCACAGACGAGGACGCGGGGUCAAACGCCGUCAGCCGAUAUUCAAUCACAGACACGAGCCUUCCGUUCAACAUCAAUCCAAGCACGGGAGACAUAACAAUCAGCAGGCCGCUCAACAGAGAAGACACUAACCAUUACAUCGUCAAAGUGUCUGCCCAUGACUCUGGCUGGACAGUGAGCACAGACGUCACCAUAUUCAUAACGGACAUUAACGAUAACGCACCCAGAUUUAGUCGUCCCUCUUACUACCUGGACUAUCCCGAGCUCACUGAAGUGGGUUCCCUGGUCACGAGGGUUUCUGCCACGGAUCCCGAUGAGGGUUUCAACGGCAAAAUCUUUUAUUUCAUCCGCUCCCAGUCUGAGUUUUUCAGAAUCAACGCCAGCACUGGAGAGAUAUUUGUGAAGCAGCAGUUGAAGUAUCAGAACUCGAGUGCUGCCAGCAGCAUGAAUAUAAAUCGCCACAGCUUCAUCGUGACGGCCUCGGACCGGGCGAUGAAGCCGCUGAUGAGUGAGACGACAGUCAUUGUAAAUGUUGUGGACAGCAACGAUAAUCCUCCCGAGUUUGACUCCUCGAGCUACUUCACUCCCGUCACCAAGAGCGUCAAAGUCGGCACCAGACUGAUUCGAGUCGCAGCUCAGGACAGAAAAGACUUUGGCCUGAAUUCCGAGGUGGAGUACGUAAUUACCGGCGGAAACAGCUCGAGUAAAUUCAAACUGGACAAAACCAGUGGAUGGAUUACUGUCGCUUCCUCUCUUACGUCCGAUAUGAAGAAGAUUUUCCUCAUGGACAUCACAGCGACCGACCGAGGGAACCCCCCUCUGUCGUCGCGGACGUCGGUGCGAAUAGUCGUCACGGAGGAGAACCACCACACGCCCGAGUUCUCGCAAAGCCACAUCUCAGCCACUGUGCCUGAAAGCCUCGCUGUGGGAACAGCUAUUAGGACUGUGUCUGCCAGAGACAAAGACAAAGAAAUGAACGGCCUCAUCACGUACAAUAUUACUUCAGGCAAUGAAAAGGGCCGGUUUGCCCUUAAUAGUAAAACCGGAGUGUUGUCCCUGGCCAAACCUCUGGACUUUGAAGAGAAGCAGCAACAUGAACUUAGAGUUACAGCCACGGAUGGAGGCUGGAUCGUCAAAACGAGCUACGUCUCGGUCACAGUACACGUGACCGACGUGAACGACAACCCUCCCGUGUUUGAUCCUGAAGAGUACUUCCCCACUGUGCAGGAGAACGUUCCCAGUGGCACGACCGUGGUCAAAAUGAACGCCGCUGACCGCGACUCGGGAGCGAACGCGGUCAUGGCUUAUGUGAUCCAGUCCUCGGACAGUGACCUCUUUGUUAUCGACCCAAACUCUGGCACCAUCACCACGCAAGGCUUUUUGGAUUACGAGUCUAAGCAGGUCUACCAUUUAACAGUAAAGGCCUUUAAUGUCCCAGACGAGGAGCGCUGCAACUUCGCCAAUGUCAAUAUUCAACUGAAGGGAGCCAACGAAUACGUACCCCGCUUUGUCUCCAAACAGUACUACUUUGAAAUAUCUGAAGCUGCUCCAAGAGGCACAGUGGUCGGGGAAGUGUUCGCCAGUGACCGGGACCAGGGAGAUGAUGGAGUGGUUUACUACCUCAUUUUUGGGAAGAGCAGAAAGAAAGGCUUUAGCAUCAAUAGGAAAACAGGUCAGAUUUAUGUCACAGGUACUCUAGACCGUGAGAGAGAAGAAAAGAUUUCACUCAAAGUUCUCGCCAAGAACGCGGGGAGCAUCCGCGGUGCAGAUAUUGAUGAGGUGUUUGUGAAUAUCACGAUUCUCGACGCUAAUGACCCUCCCGUUUUUACCCAAGAACUGUACGAUGUGCAGGUUAGUGAGGGUCUCUCACCCGGUGGUCUGGUAACCUUUGUGAGUGCUGAGGACUCAGACUCUGUUCCAAGCUGGAGCCGAUUUACUUACUCCAUUUCUCCAGAGUUUGAUAAAAAUGUUUUUACUAUCAACCCGAAAACAGGCCAAGUCUCUGUAGCCGCAGAGCUGGACAGAGAAACAACUCCUGUUUAUAAUCUAUCCAUUCUAGCUGUGGAUACUGGCACACCUCCUGCAACAGGAAGCACCACCGUUAUUGUGAAUCUGGAAGACAUCAAUGAUAAUGGUCCAACUUUGACAACCGCUUAUGCUGAAGUAAUGGAGAACCAGAGAGCUGGCACUGGAGUUAAAACACUGACAGCCUCUGACCCAGAUCUACCCCCGAACCAAGGCCCUUUCUUAUUCAGCCUCCUCAGUUCUGGCUCCGCUAACAGCUACUUCAGCCUUAGUCCAGCUGGAGUGUUAACAACCAGCCGAGAGAUAGACAGAGAACAGAUAAGCGACUUCUACCUCUCUGUUAUGAUCAAGGAUUCUGGCGUUCCUCAGAUGUCCUCCACAGGAACAGUCCACGUCAAAAUAAAUGACCAGAAUGACAACCCUUCAGAGCCGAGGUCCAUGGAAAUCCUUGUCCACUACUUUGGGAACAUGUUUCCCGGAGGUUCAUUGGGUGAUGUCAAACCCCAGGACCCAGACAUUCAGGACAGGUUCCACUGCUCCCUUAUUCCCCCAUCGUCCAGCCUCUUUAAUAUCCCAACUGGAUCCUGCAACCUCAACUCUAAAUCUCGUUCAACCGAUGGCACCUUUGAGCUAACCGUCCGUAGUAGCGACGGCGUCCACGGUUCCGUCAGCAAUACGGCUCGAGUCGUCUUCAUGGGCUUCACCAACGCCACAGUAGACAACAGCAUUCUCAUCCGUCUCAACUCACAAGGAAUCAAAAACUUCCUCACGGACCACUACCUCAGUUUCUUACGCAUUGCCAACUCGCAGCUAGCAGGACUGGGCACAGGAGUGCUCCUCUAUGGAGCGUUUGAGCUCAACAAUCAGACUUUCCUGAUGGCAGCUGUUAAACGGGGCCACGGACAAUAUGUCAACCCCAGCGGCGUGGCCACAUUCUUCCAGAGUAUCAAAGACAUUUUAUAUAGACAGAGCGGGGUGCAAAUAGAUGCGGUGGACCAUGAUCCGUGCACACAUAACCCGUGCCAGAACGGAGGCAGCUGCAAGCGGCGUCUCAGUGUCGGGCCUGAUAUGAAGACAGAAGAAAGUGUCCCAGUGAUCCUUGUUUCCAACCACCCCCUGCAGCCGUACGCCUGCAGCUGCAGGCCAGGAUACACAGGAGCCCUGUGUGAGACGGACGUCGAUGAGUGCCAGCCGUCGCCCUGCCACAAUGGCGGCACCUGCCAUAAUUUGGUGGGCGGCUUCUCCUGCACCUGUCCUGAAGGUUUCACCGGCAUGGCCUGCGAGAGGGACGUCAACGAAUGCCUCUCCAAUCCCUGCAAGAACGGGGCGCUGUGCCAGAACUUCCCCGGCGGCUUCAACUGCCUCUGCAAAUCUGGCUUUGCAGGCAAAACGUGCGAUUCCAUCAUCAAUCACUGUGAGUGUAACCCAUGUUUUAAUGGUGGCUCCUGUCAGAAUCGGGUGGAUGGAUAUUACUGUCAUUGUCCGUUCGGGGUUUUCGGCAAACACUGUGAACUCAACAGCUAUGGCUUUGAGGAGCUCUCUUACAUGGAGUUUCCGUCGCUGGAUCCCAACAAUAACUACAUAUAUAUUAAGUUUGCUACCCUGCAGAGCAAUGCUCUGCUUAUGUAUAACCACGACAACCAGACCGGGGACAAGGCAGAGUUCCUGGCUCUGGAGAUCUUCGAGGGACGGAUGCGCUUCUCCUUCAACCUGGGAAGUGGAACUUACAAACUCAUGACGAUGAUCAAAGUUGCCGACGGGCAGUUCCACACGGUCAUCGCCAGGAGAGCUGGGAUGGCUGCUUCUUUGACUGUGGACCUGUGUGGCGAUGACCAUGAGCCAGGCUAUUGUGCUGUUAGCAAUGUAGCAGUGCACACUGACUGGAUCCUGGACGUGCAGCCCAACCGGCUCUCAGUGGGAGGCGUCAGGUCAAUAGAACCCGUCCUUCAUCGGCGCGGUCAGAUCGCCACCCACGACUUUGUCGGCUGCAUCAUGGAGUUCGCCGUCAAUGGCCGCCCGCUGGAGCCGAGUCAGGCGCUGGCAUCGCGUGGCAUCCUUGACAGAUGUCCGAGACUGGAAGGAGCCUGCACCACCAGCCCCUGCAGACACGGGGGCACCUGUUUGGACCGCUGGUCCUGGCAGCAGUGCCAGUGCGUGGACGGCUUCACGGGCAAAUUCUGCGAGAAGUACAUGACGGCGGAUACCGCCCUGUCCCUGGAUGGUACCGGCCGGCUGGAUUACUCCCUGAAGCCCGGCCCCAAACGUGACGUCCUGCUGCGACAGUCGCUGCAGGGCAGGUCCUCUGACCGCGUCGGGCCCAGCAGCCUGGAGGUGAAGUUCAGGACGCGCAGCAAGACCGGCACGCUGCUGCACGUGCAGGAGAGCAGCAACUACACCACUGUGAAGCUGAGGAACGGUAACAUCCACUACAUCUCGGAUGCAGGAGUGGGAGGGAAGGUGGAGCGCACCGUGGGGGACGCCGUGCUGUCCGACGGCCAGUGGCACACGCUGCAGCUGGUCAAGAACGGCUCGGCUACCGUGCUGCAGGUGGACAGCGGUCACCCCAGGGUCAUCCAGCAUGUCACGCAGGACUUUGGCGGUCUGGGCGUGUUGACGUUUUCCCUGGGAGGGAUCCCGCCUGGGCCGGCGCAACAAAAGACAGCAGCAGGUUUCGAUGGCUGCCUGGCCUUUGUGAAGUACAACAGGGAGAGCCUGCCAUUUACCGGAGAGCACAGCCUCGUCACCUUAACCAAGACCAGCUCGUCCGUCAAGAUCGGCUGCAGAGGUCCCAACCUUUGCGAGAGCAGUCCGUGCUGGGAUGGCCUGAUGUGCGUCAACCAGUGGUACACGUACCAAUGUGUCCCGCCCGGUGACUGUUCUUCUAAUCCCUGCCAGAACCACGGCAGCUGUGUGCCGGAUGCCCGCUCAGGUUUCACCUGCGUCUGCUCCGAGUUUUACACGGGAAAGACUUGUGAGACCUUGGUGGCCUGUUUGGGUGUCCAGUGCCCACAGGGUACUGUCUGCAAAACAGCCAACAAUGGCGGGUUUGUCUGUAGCCCCAGCCCCACUGCAGAGACAAUGGUCCUCCCCAUCUGGGCAGUGCCAGCAAUUGUCGGCAGUUGUGCCACUGUCCUUGCCUUGGUGGUUCUCAGCCUGAUCCUGUGCAACCACUGCAAGGACCGCAACAAGACUAAAGUGCCAAAGGAACCCAAGGAGAAGAAGCCGAAGGAGAAGAAGAAGAAAAAGAAGAAGGGCAGCGAGAACGUCGCGUUUGAUGACCCGGAUAACAUCCCGCCAUAUGGAGAUGACAUGACGGUACGGAAACAACCGGAAGGGAACCCCAAACCGGACAUUAUUGAGAGGGAGAACCCUUACCUGAUCUAUGACGAAACCGACAUCCCCCACAACAAUGAGACUGUCCCGAGUGCUCCCUGUGCUCCCUGCAAUGUACCAGAGGCAGAUAUCGAGCACUACGACAUAGACAACGCGAGCAGUAUCGCUCCUUCAGACGCCGAUAUCAUCCAGCACUACAAACAGUUCCGCAGUCACACACCCAAGUUCUCCAUCCAGAGACACAGCCCACUGGGCUUCGCCAGACAGUCACCCUUACCGCUUGGAGCAACAAGCUACACCUACCAGCCCCAGUACACGCAAGCGCUGAGGUCCACCCCAUUGAGCCACUCCCACUCAGCCUGCCCCACCCCAAAUCCGCUCUCCAGACACUCGCCAGCCCCGUUCACCAAGCCCUCGUCCUUUUACCGAAACACUCCUACCAGAGAACUCAACCUGGCUCGCCGUGAGGGCAGCCCACUGGACCUGCACAAUGACAUGUGCCAGCCUCCGCCCAUGUUCAACUAUGCCACCCGGCUGGGGAGACGCAGCAAGAGUCCGCAGACCAUGGCCAGCCACGGCCACACCUCCAGGCCCGGGAGUCGGCUGAAGCAGCCGAUUGAGCAGAUCCCCCUGGAGACGGGGCCUCCUGUGGGGCUGUCCAUUGAGGAAGUGGAGCGACUGAAUACUCCACGCCCACGAAACCCCAGCAUCUGCAGCGCCGACCACGGGCGCUCCAGCUCUGAGGAGGACUGUCGCAGGCCACUGUCAAGGGUCCGCAACCCUGCAGACGGCAUCCCGGCACCAGAGUCCUCUUCAGAAAGUGACUCUCAUGACUCCUUCACCUGCUCGGAGAUGGAGUACGACCGGGACAAACCGGUUUCUUACACCUCCCGGGUUCCCAAGCUCUCACAAGUCAACGAGUCAGACGCUGACGAUGAGGACUACAGUGGGAGGCUAAAGCAGAGGCGCUACUCAAGUCGGAGGGCAGAAGGAGGGCCUGGUGUUUCCCAAAUGCCCCCAAGUGAGCAGCACUACACCCUGCCCCAUAAACUAGGCCAGCAAGCUGGGGGCUUCAACUGGGACAAUCUCUUGAACUGGGGCCCCGGCUUUGGACAUUAUGUGGACGUAUUCAAGGACUUAGCCUUGCUUCCUGAGAACGCGGCGGCAAAAGACAUUGAAAUGAACAGUGGCGAUGGUUCAGUGACCAUUCUAAACGAAGGAGAAGCUGAGCAAUAUGUAUGAGACUAUUUAUUAUGAUGAUGAUGUACAAUAUGGUGAUGUUCUCCUUUUUUUUUGUUUUUAAGAAGACUGUAUAUUUCCAGAGAGCAUCGGACCCCCGUGUCUUUUUUUUUUUUUACAUUAUUCAAAAUAAGACGACUUUCAAUGCAGUAAGGCAGAAAAAUGGCACCUGUAACUUGACAGACGUUUGGCAUUAGCCACCUUGGAACAGUUUACCAGUCUUAUGUUUUUUUAGGUUUCAAAUUCUCAACUGUACAAUCACGCGUUCAUCUCUCAGAGGCCUCAUUACGACGUUUCGUGACUGCAAAAGCUCCGCUCACGUUAUCGCGAUCACACAUUUCUGCUCUGUAUUAUACUGAUGUUGCUUCUGUCACAUUCACAGCUGGGAGAUGAGAGGGGAGAUUGUUUUAACACCUGAAGAGAAAUUCCGACAGGCCAUAAAGUAAAAGAAAGCUCACGGUCUGUGUCGCCUUAAGGCUCGAUUAUUUCGCCUGAAAAGAAGCAUGUGUGCGUGUGAUCCGACUGUACCCGUUACUGACAGCACACGGUGUUUCAGACCCCACCAAUGAUUAGAAUCCCUCAUCUUUUUCCCUGGUUUGUUUUCUUACGGAAGACUGGAUAAAUUCUCCAAGAGUGAGGGUUCAUUACGUCUCCUGCCUUACAGACAUUUGAGGAUUUCAGUUCCGGGGAGGGAAGGACUUUUAGUCUUUUUUUUUUUUUCCCCCGGCCUAAGUUGAGUUGGAAAGGUUUUUUUUCUUUGGUGGGUGGGGAAGAGAGUCUGCUAUAAAUGAGCAUUUUCUGACAAGCCAAGUGUUUUCCAGGCAACGACGAUGAUGAUGAUGAUGAUGAUGAUGAUGAUGUUGUUGUUGAUGUUACUGAUGUAUGAUGAUGACGUGUAAACAUGACCCCAACUAAAACACUAUGAACUUGUGUACAUUUUUUUUUAAAUUCAUGAUAAAUCAUGGAGUCAUUUGUUAUUGUUGGUGUCCCUCGUCCAUUAUUUUUUUGACAUGUAUGGUUUCUACAUUUUUUUUUGUACUGUUUAUUAACUUAAAAUUACUUAAGCUGUGUUUCUAUGGAUGUUUUUCAUACGCUGAAAUGUAUGUUCUUACUUUCGGGGAAAGUAAGAUUGAAGACUUAUUUUUUACAUUUGUUACGUAUGUAACAUCAGUAUUUUCCACUUUUGAUAAAACUAUAACAUGCUGUAUGCUUUGUACUUGUAAAAAGCCAAUAACAGAAUAAAAAAAUAUUUAUUUAAACACA